AUGCCGAUCGAGCCUGCACCUGCGGCUGAAGUAGAUGCCAUUCCUGAAGUCACAACACGAUCUGGACGACGACUUCACGUGCCAAAAGGUCUGGCUGACUAUCUUCCACAACCGUUCCGUGGUAUACCGGUGCAUAUACACAGGCCGCCGCAAGAACAGAGGGUAUUUAGGCCAUAUCAUGGCCAGGUGGACACUUUGCAGGGGCAGCAAGACCCAACUGCCGAAUUUGCUGCUUUGGUAGUGGAGAAUGUCCCCACUAUAGACACAGCUGAGCUCUCGAUCAAGACUGAGCUGAAUGAAUUUGGUUUGUAUCAUGUAUACAGCGUCAAACCCCAGAAGGACCCAGAGGAUGAAACAAUUCUGGAUUCUCUGUGCAACUCACCGAUGUUCAUUACCGCACCAGAAACAACUUUACGUGGACGUAAUCCACUUCACCAUCUUCGCGAAACCUUUACAGAUACUCUGCAAAGUACUCGCGAUAAUUUCUUCACUCUCUUCCUGAACGUCACUACCUACCGGCUGUUAAACUGGAUGUACGGCACUUCUGAUAUGAAGUCAAUCUCCGAAGUGGACAGUCUCAUUCACAAUGUGUUGCUCGCAGAUGACUUCGAUGCCAAUCACCUCCAGAACUUCAGUGCUGUGCGCGAGCUCAAAUGCCUAGACAAGCAUUCUCAGACAUCAGAUGCCUUCGAUAUCCCGACAACCACGACGCAUGGACUUUCUGUGGACGACAAUGAAUCGGAUGAUGACAAUCAAUCUGUGGACUCGAGAGUGCAAGACGAAGAAGAAGACGAACACGAAGAUGAACAUGAAGACGAACACGAAGAUGAACACGAAGACGAACACGAAGAUAAACACGAAGACGAACACGAAGAUGAAGGCCCGAUUGCACAGGAAGAAGACGACUACGGCUAUGAUAUUUCGGACAACGAAGAAUAUGAGGAGGGCACUGGAGAUGAAGGGAUUGAUCACGAGGAGGAAGAUCUUGGUCCGGAGAACAGUGAGGAUGGUGAAGAGGACGAGUACGGCGAUGAAGGCUAUGCGCCGCUGUAG